GCCCUCCUGGAUGCCGCUGUUCCAAAUAAACUGCAUCGUUUCGCCGCCAGAUGCCUCCACUAUGGCUGCGAAAACAACGUCGACUUCCUCGUCAUGGAAGACCUAGCGCAUUCAGGCUUCAAGAUGGCGGACCGGAAACGAGGCCUGGGCCUGAGGCACACCCUCCUCGCCUUACGAAGCCUCGCUCGAUUCCACGCCGCCUCGCACGCGCUCCUACGACAGCAACCGGAACUAGCCGACGGUUACGACAACAUGUGGCGGAAACCCAACCACAACAUGAGCGAGUUCAUCCAAGGGCUGGUGCAGUCCGCCGCGGAUGUAUGUCGCACGUGGAGUGGGUUCGAGAAGUUCGUUGAUAUACUCGAGAAGUUGAAGAUCUCACACGUGGCGUCACCGGCUGUGGAUAUUCAGUACUUCCUCUCAACAAGCGUCAGCGAGGACGUUUACUUCCAUCACCGAGACCUUCUCCUUCGCGAGUACCUCUUCUCUUUGGAAGAAACAUUGCAACUCCUUGGAAUCAAGGCCCCGCCGUGGGAGGCGUUCCUAGCUGCCAUGGAUGAGCACGGAAUCAUGGCUGUGUUUGGCGCUCUGUGCAUCAAGCCCAUAGCCCUGACACACAGCACUCCCGACCUCGAAGCCAGCAACACAGGGGACCAUUCGGGCAUCGCUUUCAUGUAUCAGACUCCUCGCAUCAAACGCUGGCUGCAAACCACACUCCGGGAGUUCAGCCGCAAGGGCUGGCUGAAGGACGAAUAGAGACUCGAAACGAAACAAUCCUGAGUUAAGGAGAUGAUUUCUACAAUUACAUUUAAGUUUCCGAUUCAUUUCCGAUUAUAAAUGUAAA